GUGUAAAAAUAAUCAGUUAUUAUUUAACAGUCUUAGCGCUUUUUACUCAUUUCAUUCUCAGCUUUUAGUAGAAAUUAAACUAUAAAACGUAUCGGAGCACUUGCAACCAUACAAAUGGGAAUUUGAACUGCCAAAGCAAAGACAAUCAGUUUGUAAAGGAAGUAUGCGGCAUGAACUCGUUGGAAUCGCUGUUACAGGCCCAGACAUGCUGUCAUCGUUCCAGAAGAUCUGAAGACCGAAGACACCCGUCAACUAACCCAAAGUGCCACUAUUUAAUCUGAUGGAACCGGCCAUAAAAAUCGAAGAAGACAGUACCGACUUUGGGGAGUUUGCUUUCCUAUCCGAACAGCACUUGAUGGAGGACAUCACCGACACUAUAAAGAAGGGCAGCAGCAACACAUCGAAAAGGAUCCAUUCUCGCAAACGAAAGUUGGACAUCGCGGAGCUGUUUCAACUUUCGUCCGCAAACACCACCACAACGACGGGAAGCGCCAGUCAGCGAAAUCUCUUGGAGAAACCAUUCCCAAUCAACACGAUAAACGAGUUGAACGAGUUCGACUCGCUGCUGCUGGGAAAUCCUUCCUUCACGGAGAAAUGCGCACAGAUGCUACAUUCGGUCAUACGGGACGAGGGCAAUUCGCUGGACAAUGCCACAUGCCAUAUGCGAUUGCUGCUGGAACAUGCGAUCGACUAUGCGGUGAUACUGCGUUACAGCUGGUACGGGUUCAUGCCACGAUCGCCCGCUGCUCGGAGUAGCGGCGAGCAGCAUCCCUUUCGUAAUCUGCUGGGCGUGAUAAGCUUGCUGCACCGGGCACGGCAGUUGCGCUUUGCGACCUGCAGCAGGGAGGAAAUUAACGAGGGUAUUGAGAAAUUUCUCAAGCGUAAGCUACGGUGCCAUGCGCUGUAUGUGAAAAAGCAGCAGCUAGUGAAACAGUAAGGCUAAAAAUAUGACGAAUAGGAAAUGAUGGGGCAGUGGGGGAGCUAUUGAACCUUUCCUCCAGCAUUUUCUCUGUUUAGGUGCCAAAGUAUAGAAUAAAAACGGUAGUGCAUUGGUUGAUUAGAAAGGGUGGGAUUAGCAAAGGAAACGAACAACCAAUCAUUAAGAAUCUCGCAUAAAAGAAAAUUCAUGAUUUUCACUCACUCUAGUCAACGUACCCCUGCGUGAACGUGGGAGCGCAAUACACGGCUGCCACCAGUAUACUAGUACUAGUCCACUAUAUAUAUAUUGAUUGUGAUUUAUUACAUACUUAAAACAAAAUUGAAAAAAGCAACCGCUGGGUGGUGUUAGGGAUCGACAGAAAUUCCGAUGAUGUUGAUAAUGGCACUUCGGUCUCAUCGCUUCUAUACAUAAUUUCUAUAGAUUCUGAUCGGUGUGAGAUAUGCAAUGGGAACGAAACCACCCCGGCAGUAGAUUCUAAGAAACCAAAAUAACAUGUGAUGACAAUUAUCUGGAUAUAUUUCGAAACUCGCACAAAAAUACGCGUUAAAUACAGAAACGAAGAUAAAAACCAUAUUAUUUAUCAAAAAAUAA